CGGGGCCUGGGGCCCUGUCCACGGCCUCGCUCACUGGUGAGCGGAACCAAGUGUGGGGGAGGACCGAGAGGCGCGCGCGCUGGGACCGCCCGCUCCGCCUGCAUUUACGCUCCCCGGUGGCCCACGGCCACCCCUCCUGAGGGCUCGGGGCAAGGGAACUUGACGAGCCCGCCUUUGAGUUGAAGGCGGGAAAAUGGCGGAUUCCUCGGGGCGCGGCUCUGGGACGCCUUCUGCAGGGGAUCCCGGUACUCCUAGUGGCUCCAAGCCGAAAGGAAAGCAAACACAAGGAGGAAAAGUGGUCGAAUCCCGAUACCUGCAGUAUGAGAAGAAACCCACUAAAAAGGCUUCUGCAACAGAUGUGUCAAAGACCAGUGGGAAGAUGCCUGAAGGCGGAAGGAAACCCAGCUCCCUCCAGAAGAGCAAAGAAAGCAGUGGGAUCUUCGACAAAGGUGACCUGCAGUCCACGUUGCUGGAAGGACACGGCACCGCCCCCCCGCACCUGGAUCUCUCAGCCAUCAAUGACAAGAGUAUGCUCAGAAAGACUCCACAGUUAGAAAAAAAAACGUCAAGGAAAACCGAGUCGACAUCAUUUUCUGCCUCGCAGGAAAAGGACCCCGAUCUCUCCGAAUUGAUGGAAUCCCAAACAUUGCUCCUGACUCUACUGACCGUGAAGAUGGAGAACAGCCUCGCUGCCUUUGAAGAAAAGGCAGAAAGGAAUUUAGUAACGAUGUGCCAGGAGAAGAAGCAGCUCCUGAAACAGGCCCACGAGCUAAAGCGCGAACUUCUCCUCCGCCAGAAGAAGCGGGAGCUGGUGGAUGUCCUCAACCCUCAGAUUGAGAUGCUCAGCCCCUACGAGGCUGUGUGCGAGAGCUUCAAGGAGCAGUACAAGACAUUCGCGACGGCCCUGGACACCACGAGGCACGAGCUGCCUGUGAGAUCAGUUCACCUGGACGGAGGCGCGCACAAGUUCUUAGAUGAUUUGCAGCGGGAAUUGACGACCACGCACCAUCUGUUGGGAGAACUUGGGGUCUGCAGUUCAGAAGAAAAUGGGAAAGUGCUAGACCUGCUGGGUGAACUGAAGGAAAUGACCCAAAAGAAGGAUCUGGAGCUCCGAAGGAGCUUUGCCCACGUGCAGGAACUCUCUGCCGGAGUGAGUAAGGAGGCGGCCUUAAUCAACCAGGAGGUCUGGGAAGAGGCCCAGGGCCCGGUGCCCCUCCGCCAGUGGUAUUUCAACGAGGAGGACACCCGAGGGGACACUCGGGGAGAGGCCAGCAGCCCGCUCCUCUCAGGCGCUGACAAGCCCUGCGCACUGUGAGUCCGCACGCAGGCCGCGACCCUCGCCCACGUGGGACCUUCUGCAAGCCCUCGGGAAGAAAGCACUGUCCAGGGCGCAUCUGUGCCAGAGCACGGUGUGGUGUUCUGGAGACUCAAGCACUUUAGUCACUUAGCUCAGCAGUGUAGCUGUUUUGUGUGAUAAUCUUGUUUUAUAUUUAAGAAAUAAAACUGU